UAUGAUAAACAUCCCGUGACCGUGAGAGAGAGAGCAAGUCGGCCAAAACUAACUCUGUCCAUUCUCUCUUUGAACUAGAUGCCAAAAUCCCAACUCCCACUUCCAGACAAUUUCCUGGCAGUGGCCGGCCGGCCAUCCAAUUCACAUGCCACCAAAAUCCACUCUCUCCUUAAUUUCCCUUCUUCUUCUUCUUAUAAUCUUACACGCACCCACGUCAAUCGUUCUCUCCCUCUCUCUCUCUGAGCAAAAAGCAGAGCAAUGCGACUCUUUUGUAGCCAUGAAAAGUAGCUAGUUUCUUCAGCGGCAGGCAGCUGUUUGUCUGCAGACUCUAGCAAGCUCAAUAUUGCAAACCGGCCCAUGUAUAUAUAUAUAUAUAUAUAUAUAUAUUGAUCGACAGAAAAAGCCUGAAACUUGCUGCUGAAAGGGAUCUUUCCUUCUCGAUCGAAUUUGACUUUUAACUAAGGUUUUUUGGGAAGAGGGAAUUUUCCCAAUUCUGAUUAGUCAUCUUCUUUAUUUCUCCUUGAGAAAAACAGCGAAAUAUAUAUGGCAUGGCAUCAGGGUAAAAGCUGAACAGUCCAUUUCUGGAGCUGUUCGAUCCACAUAUAUGUGGAACUUUCUUUGAUACUCAACUCCUUUGCUGGAUCGGAUCGUUUCUCGAUGCCCCGCCAGGUACCACUACUGGUCUCGUCUCUUUCAUUCUUUCCCCUCUCCUCCACCCCUCUGAUUAAUUUCUUCUGAAAUUCCCACCUCUUCCCCCUUUCUCUCUCCACCACAUGUACGAUAUGCAAUUCACUGAGAUUAACCCACCGAUACCACUGCACCAAACAUCUUCUCCAUUAUUUUCAAGCCUUGCAAUGAACAAGAAUCAAGUAGUUUUCACUCGGCCCUGGCCGGGUUUUCCCACAUCCAAGGCUUUGGGAAGCUUCGGCGACGCUAAUUGCAUGGAGCAGCUGCUCGUCCACUGCGCCAACGCCAUCGAAAGCAACGAUGCCACUCUCGCCCAGCAAAUCCUAUGGGUCCUCAACAACAUCGCCCAGCCGGACGGCGACUCCAACCAGCGCCUCACCUGCGGCUUCCUCCGGGCCCUCAUAGCCCGCGCCGCCAAGAGCGGCACGUGCAAAAUGCUCGCAGCCAUGGCCAACGCCCACACCAACCUCGCUCUCAGCACCCAUAAAUUCUCGAUCAUCGAGCUGGCCAGCUUCGUCGACCUAACGCCGUGGCACCGGUUCGGAUUCACCACUGCCAAUGCCACGAUUCUGGAAGCCGUUGAAGGAUGCUCGAUCGUGCACAUAGUGGAUUUGAGCUUGACGCACUGUAUGCAAAUUCCAACGUUAAUCGACGCCAUAGCCAGCCGGUUGGAGGGCCCGCCCUUCGUCAAGCUCACCGUCGCCGGCGCCACGGAAGACGUCCCGCCGAUGCUCGACCUUUCAUACGAGGAGCUGGGGACAAAGUUGGUUAACUUCGCAAGGUCCCGAAACGUAACAAUGGAAUUUCGGGUGAUUCCUUCGAGUUUCUCAGACGGGUUCUCUUCCUUAAUCGAACACCUCCGAGUUCAAAGCCUGGUACACUCAAACAGCGCCGAGGCCUUGGUUGUAAACUGUCACAUGAUGCUUCACUACAUUCCAGAAGAAAACUUAAACUCGUUCGAAAUGUCUCCGACCAGCUGCUUGUCCUACCGGACAAUGUUUCUCAAGGAGCUCCGAAGCUUAGAUCCCGCAAUUGUAGUUCUUGUGGACGAAGAUGCAGACUUUACAUCAAACAAUUUAGUGUGUAGACUGAGAUCGGCUUUCAAUUAUCUAUGGAUACCCUAUGAUACAAUGGACACCUUUCUUCCACAGGGAAGCAAGCAAAGGCAGUGGUAUGAAGCGGACAUCUGCUGGAAGAUUGAGAAUGUGAUUGGCCAUGAGGGGAUUACGAGAGUGGAGAGACUGGAGACAAAAAGCCGGUGGGUGCAACGGAUGAGAAACGCAAAUUUCAGGGGGAUUUCGUUCAGUGAAGAUGCGGUUUCGGAGGUGAAGAGCAUGCUGGAUGAGCAUGCAGCAGGGUGGGGAUUGAAGAAGGAAGAAGAUGAUCAUCUUGUGCUUACUUGGAAAGGCCACAAUGUUGUUUUUGCUACCGCUUGGGUGCCUAAUUAAUUAAUCCAUCCUUAAUUCUGUUACAGGAUAUUAAUUCCAGCUCAAUCUUCUUCCUAAUUUAAUUAUUAGAUGGAUCCUAACUCUUUCAUGGCUUCAAGUUAAACUAUACAUAUAUAUAUAUAUAUGGGAGUUUAAACCUGCCAGUUAAUUGGGUCUUAACCAACUAGCUAUAGAGCUAGCUAGUAUUAGCUUAAUUCGUGUAUGUUUUUGGCAUUACGUACAUUACCUAUGCAUUCUGUUUACUCAACUAAUUAAUUAGAUGAUUAUCAAUCGCUUCU